AUGGUCUUCUUUGAAACGCUUGUUCUGGUGCACGGCAGGUUUCCCGCCGCUGAAACAAAGCUCCUCAUGAAGGAAGCCUCACGAGUGAUCGUUGAGCGGGACGGAGCCCUCUUCAGAAUCCUUGACCUGGGCUGGCGACACACUGCCCGACCUCUCCACAAGAAGGGUGUAGGUCACAUCUUCUACGGCCGCUGGUACUCCCUUGUUUGGGGGGGACACCCAAAGGUGCAACAAGAAGUGGAAGACACGUUCCUGCACAACACCGGAGUGGUCAGGCAAGCUGAGCUUGUGGAUUGA